AUGGAUUCGCCACUGAACCUAACCUACUUUUCCCUCUCCACCCCCGCCCCUUUGGAGACCAACCGCAGCAGCCUUGACGCCGACGACCCGCGCCCCAGCCCGCCCCUCCUCUCUGUCUUCGGUGUGCUUGUUCUGACCUUGCUGGGCUUUCUGGUGGCUGCGACGUUCUCCUGGAACCUCCUGGUGCUGGCGACCAUUCUCCGCGUGCGCACCUUCCACCGAGUUCCGCACAACUUAGUGGCGUCCAUGGCCAUCUCGGAUGUGCUCGUGGCCGCUCUGGUCAUGCCACUGAGCCUGGUUCAUGAGCUGUCCGGCCGCCGUUGGCAGCUGGGCCGACGGCUCUGCCAGCUGUGGAUCGCGUGCGACGUGCUCUGCUGCACAGCCAGCAUCUGGAAUGUGACGGCCAUCGCGCUGGACCGCUACUGGUCCAUCACCCGCCACCUGGAAUACACGCUCCGCGCCCGCAAGCGCGUCUCCAAUGUUAUGAUAGUGCUCACCUGGGCGCUCUCCGCGGUGAUCUCCCUGGCACCGCUGCUCUUCGGCUGGGGGGAGACGUACUCUGAGGGCAGCGAGGAGUGCCAGGUGAGCCGCGAGCCCUCCUACACCGUGUUCUCCACAGUGGGCGCCUUCUACCUGCCGCUCUGCGUGGUGCUCUUCGUGUACUGGAAGAUCUACAAGGCCGCCAAGUUCCGUGUGGGCUCCAGGAAGACCAACAGCGUCUCACCCUUAUCGGAGGCCGUGGAGGCGAAGACCUCUGCUCAGCAGCCCCAGAUGGUGUUCACUGUCCGCCACACCACUGUCACCUUCCAGACAGAAGGGGACACGUGGAGGGAACAGAAAGAGCAGAAAGCUGCCCUGAUGGUGGGCAUCCUCAUCGGGGUGUUUGCACUCUGCUGGAUCCCCUUCUUCACCACAGAGCUCAUCAGCCCCCUCUGCUCCUGCGACAUCCCCGCCAUCUGGAAGAGCAUCUUCCUUUGGCUGGGCUACUCCAACUCCUUCUUUAACCCCCUCAUCUACACAGCCUUCAACAAGAACUACAAUAGCGCCUUCAAGAAUUUCUUUUCUAGGCAACACUGA